GCAAAGCAUUUAUAUAGUCCCUCUUUAAAGUUUUCAGAUUUCCAUUUACUCACUGCUCUGGCUCUGUCUGUCAGGGUGGCUUAGGACCCAAACAGUUGAAAAGCUUGAUGUUUUUCUUUGCAGCUAUAACUGGGAAUCUUUAACUUCUCAGGAUCUAUUCAUUCCCCCUUUUUUUCUUCUUGGCCCAUAUUGAGGUGACCUUACUGUGCAUCUUCAGAGGCAUUUUUUAAGAUCGCUAUUGCCACUCAGUAACACCGAUAAAUGUGUGUUUGAAUCCCUUCUGAAGUAUAUAGUGAAGAACUGGAGACUGAGGGAAUGGCAUCUUUAAUAGGGAUAUGCAGGAGGGAAAAGGCACAUGAAGAACAGAACAGCAGAAGGGUGUUUUUCACUGUGAGGUUUUUAUUCAACUUAAGAUUCUCUAAAAAUCUUUUGGUAGCACACAAGGCAUAGUUAAAGGAAAAUUACCCGUCUACUUACUUGAUUUUUUUUCCACAAAGAUGACUUUUUUCAGUAAUAUUAAUGGCAGUGAAGUUUCUUAUGGAAACUUACGAUUAUUGCAAGGUUUGAUUUGUGUAGCAAAGUAUCUGUUGAACUUCUAAAGAAAUAACUUGUAUUCGUUAAAGGCAUAAGUUAGCACAAGUCUGCUAUUACUCUUUCCAAAGGAAAUGGUAAAAUCAGGUUUUCACAGCUGUCUUUUGGCUGCUGAGAUGCAUCAGAUGUUUCUGAUCUCUGAGAAAGCAAGUAGUGAGCACAGCAUUGAAGCAGCUGGUUGGAGGUCUUGGGUAAUUGGAUUUUGCAAGUGCUGAGAAGACGAACCCCUCCCUGUGUGUGCCUGAGGAACGCAAAUAACCCCAACCAGCUUGCAAAGUGUGAGGCUGAUGCUGCUGGGGUCGGGGUUUGGAGUGCCCUCUUUGUUGGGAGUCAUGGUUUCAAUCUCUUUCCAAGCCCCCUGGGAGCCCAGAUUCUCACAGCUUCCUUCUGGUAGAAGCCGUGUGUGUGUCUGAGGGUUGCAGGAUGCUGGGCUUUGUGUCCUUCAGAGGACUCUUGAGGUUGAGGAUGUGUUGAGAAUCAAGGGCAUUCAGUUUUGCCAUCACAGUAAAGGUUCAGGGAGUGUGUAGAAGCACAGCUCCAGGUGACAUGGGCUAGAAGCCUUUUGAAACAUGUCCAUACCUUGACAUGAUCUGGUUUUUGGUCUUUCUUACUUAAAAGUUGUUUUGGUUUUUUUUCCUAAUUGACCUCUAUCUGGUAUUGCAUCAAGUACAAAUAAUUUAACCUUCCCAGGUGGGUUGUGUUGUCGGUGCCCAAUUGUGCCUGCCUAAAUUCCUACUUGAUCCUGAUGUGAGGCUGGCUGUAUCAAAGCAGAACAGUAAAUAAUCCCUAUCUUCAGGUUAAAACUGGAGACAUGCCUGUGACUGAGGACUGGCUGGAAUUGUGACAGCAGGAAAAAUGACAGCAAACACUGCAGGAAUGUAGAAAAAAAAAAAAAUCAGUGACCAGAGCUCUUCCAAGUCAGUCCUGUGUGAAGGAGUGUUAGGAAUUGCUCUUCUGUAGUGAUAAACCACUUGCUGUAAACUUCUGGAUAUUGGAAAUCUGGCUCUUGGAGGUGAGAGUCAACAGUGACCAUGGCACAAUGUUCAGCAGAUAUCUGUCACCCCUUAUGAUGUGGUAGCCCUGAACAAAAGGUUAUUACUUGCCCACUGAGCUUUUUAGCUGCACAAGGUGCUGUCAGUAGUGUGCUCUUGGAUUAUGAAGGAUAGUGAAUUAACUUGAGCAGAUUUUCACCAUUGAUAUUUUGAGGUCUUUAAAAGAUUGUUGGCCAGAGAACUUGUGGCUGCCCCAUCCCUGGAAGUGUUCAAGGCUGGGUUGAAGAGGGCUUAGAACAAGCUGGGACUGUGGAAGGUGUUCCUGCUCAUGGCAGAGGGUUGGAACUGGAUGGUAUGUAAGGUCCCUUCCAACCCAAGCCAUUCUAUGAAAUACAGGAGAGCAGAAGCUGCUGCCUCCACCCAGAGGAAGGGCACUAACCACUCAGGUGUGACUCAUCCCUGUGGACUCCUGGCAGAGGUGGCAAUCUGGCAGUUUUGUGGGUGUGUUUGUAAUGUGUUUUGUCAUUUUGCAGUGCAAUACCUUCAUCUGCAGGUUCCUCAGCCUCUGUCCAGUCAGGCAAGAAAAGAAGCAGCUGAUGCCCAACGUUAUUUCUUCAUGGAAAAACUGCAAGUGAAUUGGAGCACCCAGGCAGGGCUGGGUAAGACUGAGAGUGAGACUGGGGCAGGAUGGCAGCAGAUGAGUGGUUAGACAGUCACAUCUGAGACCUUGGGGUCCCUGGCUGGGUUAAGUCUUUUCACAGUAGACCCUAGACUUCUGAAAACGGAGGAAAGCAGCAAAUGUGUGGGGAUGGAUGUGAGGGUGAUCCACUGUCUGCUCCUUUGGGCUGUGCACUUCUUCCAGGCCGUGCCACACAGCACUCCCAGGAUUCUCAGUAAUGAAUCAAAGACUGGUGAUGAGCAAGAUGCCUGUAUUAAUCUCAUUCCCUGCCAAGAUAAAGGAGCAAUUUGUAUUCAGCCUUGCCCUCCCUCCUUCCAUGGGGAGACAAGCUUUGUCUGUGAAGACAGAAAGUGGCAAAUGCUGUCAGAUGCCUGUGCAAGCCUGGAUGUUCAGUCCCUUUUUCAGAGGAUAUCCCAAAGUGAACUCCUACCAUGCUCUGGAGGACACAGUGGUGGUGCUGGAGAACAUCUUCCUUUUGUAGGAGAAGGGAAGCCAGGGCAUGGGAAGCCUGGAGAUGGAGCAAAAUAUUUUGGUGCUGGGAAUCACAGCUGCCAAGCUGAUUUUUCGUGCAUCAUCCCAGAUAUCCUGUCUUCACCAGCCAUCCCAGGAAACAUUGCUGAUAUAGUGGAAUUGCUAAAGAAGAUUUCCCUGCUGCUAUCAGAGAAUGUCACUAGAGGAAAAAUGAAGAGCUACAGCAGAAUAGCAAACCAUAUUCUGAACAGCUCCAUCAUUUCCAACUGGGCUUUUGUAAAGGACAGAAAUGCUGGUUCAAUAUUACUGGACUCAGUGAAUUUAUUUGCUGGGAAACUUCUUCUAAGGAACGGGUCAGAAAGUAUCCAGGAGCCCUUCAUCGCUACCAAAGGCUACAGCAUACACAGAAACACUUCAGGAAAGAGCUUUGACUUUUCCAUGGAGUUCAAUAGCACAGGCAAUAUCACUGGGCAAAUGGUGAUUCCAGAAGAAGAGCUGCUGAGGUUGCCCAGGGCUUCCAAAGCCAUCAGCGUUGCGUUUCCAACGCUCGGAGCCAUCCUGGAGAGCAACCAGCUGGACCCCCAUUUUGUGAACGGGAUGGUGCUGUCAGUGUCGCUGCCAGAGGAGCUCCAGAAUAUUUUGCUCACCUUUGAGAAGCUGAACAAGCUGGGGCAGGUGGGGGCUCAGUGCGUGGGGUGGCACUUGGCCGAGCGGCGCUGGGAUCCCCGGGCGUGCGAGCUGCGGGCCCACAACGUCACCACCGUGGUUUGCGUCUGCGCCCACCGGCGCCGCACCUACAGAUCCUUCUCCAUCCUGAUGUCCCCGGCCGCGCCGCGGAGCUCGGUGCUGGAUUACAUCACGUGGGUGGGCCUGGGCCUGUCCAUUUUCAGCCUGGUCCUCUGCCUGGUCAUCGAGGCUGUGGUCUGGCAUCACGUCACGAAAACUGAAAUAACCUACAUGCGCCACUUCUGCUUGGUCAACAUCGCUGCCUCGCUUCUCGUCGCUGAUGUUCUGUUCAUCCUGGCAGCCGUUGUGCACAAUACAAACCUGAACUACCAGCUGUGUGUGGCAGCCACUUUUUUCCUUCACUUUUUCUAUCUUGCCUUGUUUUUUUGGAUGUUUGCCCUGGGCCUCUUGAUUCUCUAUGGAUUAUUAUUAAUUUUUUUGAAGAUAACAAGAUCUGUAUUCCUAGCUGCAGCAUUCUCUAUUGGAUAUGGAUGUCCCUUGGUCAUAUCUAUCCUCACUGUUGCUAUUACUGAACCAAAAAAUGGCUAUUUAAGGAGUGGAGCCUGCUGGCUCAAUUGGUAUGAGACAAAAGCCCUUUUGGCCUUUGUUGUACCUGCCCUGAGCAUCAUUGUUGUGAAUCUCAUCGUCGUGGUCGUGGUUGUGGUGAAGACUGGGAGAUCCUCUGUUGGAGAAGGCUGCAAGUCACAAGAUUUGAGCAGCAUGAUCCGGGUCAGCAAAAAUGUCGCCCUUCUGACACCUCUGCUGGGCCUCACCUGGGGGUUUGGAUUAGCAACGAUCAUCGACAGCCGCUCUCUGGCUUUCCACAUCACAUUUGCACUGCUGAAUGCCUUCCAGGGAUUCUUCAUCCUGCUGUUUGGGACACUUCUGGACAGAAAGACAAGAGAAGCCAUAAGAAUGAAUUGCCUUUCAUCAAGGCAGAAGUGGGGUCUAGAAAAGUCCUAGCAGUGGACUGUUGUCUUCAGUGGAUCUGACCAGCGAGAAGAAAAGGAGCACUUCUGCAGAGAAAUGCUGGUUUGAGGUGAGCUGAGGAGCCUCCCCAGCUCAGAGCAUGGACAGCACUGUCUGGGAGCACAACCAUGGGAAUCAUCAUGAAAACCAGAAGAGAAAAGGCCCUGAACCUGCUGUCAGGAGCAGGAAACCAUCAGUGUUCCUGCAACCCUUGGAGGAAACAUGCUGAAACGUAAAGCUUGUUUCUCACCUUUGUGAAAACUGCUGUGAGGAGAGUUUGUCCUCGUUUGCCAUUUCAGUGCUUCAAUUUCUUUAUUAUUUUCUUUUUUUUUCUUUUUUUUUGUCAGUGCAAUAAGGAGCUGUACAGUAUGUGGAGCUGUUCUAAAAUUAUUUAAUUUUUCAUGUGAUGUACAAAUAUUGAGCAUUAUCUAGCUGAUUUUGGCUGUCUUUCCAGCAAAACUAAUUCUAUCUGUUGCUACUGUAUUCAUAAUUUCCAUUCAUCCUCCCAGACUGAUGGACAAUUCUGUUUCUGCAUUGCAGCUGUUCUCUCCCUCCCAGUAUUUGUUGUCUCCAUCUCAGUACUUGUGUGUCAGAGGAACUGUACAAAGCCCUUUUCUGAUGUGUCAGGACAGAAUUUUUCAUUCUUUUUCCUGUCCUGCAAGACAGUGGCAGAGAUAAACAAGAAAGAGGACUCUGCAAAUAAUCAGUUUCCCCCUUUAGAUGUGGGAAAGCAAGCUUGGAAUACUCAUCAGAGCUGAAUCAAAUGGAUGGACAUCUCCUGUGCAAUGUCUUAACAAAGGAAAUUGUUUCUCCAUGUGAGAUGGUGUGUCAAAUUUAAUUAGAAAAUCUGUCCUUGGUAUGAGAAACCCUUUCUAAUGAAGGCUUUGAUAGAAACAUUAUUGCUCUUCUUAGGAGAAAUUGAUGGAAAUGAAAAUAAAGUUGAAAUUUUGUCAUUGUUU